AUGUCUCGUCUCGCCGGAAGAGUGACUUUCCCAGGGAAAAAUGAAGAAAAUGAACAAGAGGAUGCUCAAACGUCUACUCAAGAAAACUCUAGAAGCUACCAUAAUCCAACGGAAACAUACCGAUCAAACCAAGAAGACAAACCAAAGCCACGUGGAAAGGGUAAUGUGCGGUAUCAAGAGACAUACAGUAAUAAAUUCGACGAUGAAGGAAAUGCUGAAAAUUCUUCUAGAAGAAAUCAAGGUUCAUAUGAUCAAAGAUCAGGGAGGUCCGAAAAUAAUUCUAGAAGAUUCCAAAACAGAAAUGACGGAUUUCAACCAAGAAACGAAGGAUACGGACAUGAUUCUGAACGACACGACAAUAAUCAUGGAAGAUCGCAAGGGUCAGAAAGGUUUCAAAAUAAGAACGACAGAUCAGAAAGAUCUGGAUUCGAUUCUGAAAGAUAUGAAAAACCUUCUAGAAGAUUUGGAAAUCCUUCUGGAAACUUCCGAAGAGGUGGUGGUGGCCCAUCAAGAAGAUACCACAAAGAAGAGCCCAAACCAAAAUACCAAACUCGUGAGGAUCUGCAAAACCAAAAAUCUGAAGACAAAGAGGAAAUACCGGAAUCUCCAACCAAAGAGAGAAUAGUGGAAGAGCCAGAAAUGGUGAAUCUCUGCGCGUUGGCUCUUUCGGAUCUCUGUGACACUGCUCAAAAGCAAUUAUGGGUUAAUUGGAUGUCAUUAACUGAUGAAAUAUACCAGUGUAUAAAACCGUCAAUCACCCAUAACCCAAAUUUGACCGGAGAUGUGAAGGCGCGACUUUUGGAUACUUUUAUUCAAAUGAGUCAAUGGACGAAACAUCGACAGGUUGGCAUUAAACAUGCUGGAGUACAGACUGUCCCUGAAGAAGAUAACAAUUAA